CAGCCUUUCUGAUCAGAAGUGAAGAUGGCCUUCUGCCUCAGGGCUUUGGCUUUGGCCAUUAAACAGCCCAUUUCAUAUGUCUAUGACCAUGUCUUCAAGAAAAUUGGAGUUUUAGCACAGAGACAGGACACUGAAACAAAUUCCACAGAGGAAAGGAGUGUACUGAGGAGCUCGGUCUGCAGAAUACUACAAGCAAUGGAAGCCAUUAGGAUCCAAGAGCCUCAGGUCGCCCCAGGAAUGGGUGCAUCUUGCCGUGGGAGUCAACAUCGCCCUAAGGAACCUGUCCGCCACAUGCCGACACCUAUCCGCGUUACUGCAAAAAACGCCACAGAUGGAUGGUGCGGGCUCAGCACUUCGACCUACAGAAUACUGCAGGAGAUGGAAGCCGGGAAGUAUAGGCCAAGAGUGAUGCCACCACCAAGAGUGCGCCUAGCAGCAUCACCCACACCAAAGCGCCAGCCUGCACCCUCAGUUGCAGCCCUGCCCAGCACUGCGACCAAGAAGGCCCAUGUUGCGGUCACGGGAGGGAAAGGCACAGAGGGAUGGUGCGGGCUUGGUGGCUGCUCCUCUCGAGUUCUCCAAGCCCUGGAAGCCAUGCAGGGACCAAAGGAAAAGGCUCUGCACCCACAAGUCAUCAUUAACAAAAAUAGGAAAGAAGGCCGCUUCCAGAUAUUAAAGUGCCUCCGGAAGCUGGAUGAGGAGACUCCGCAGAGGCCAGGUCUACCAACCACCCCCAGACUAUCAACACCAUCACAGCCCCUGCCGGCUCCUCCAUCAGCUCCUGUCACACCGAGCACCGCAGGCUCCAUCGAGAGCACCAGAGAUGUGGAGACUCCGCAGAGGCCAGGUCUGCCAACCAGCCCCAGACAAUCAACACCACCACAGCCCCUGCCGGCUCCUCCAUCAGUUCCUGUCCCAUCCAGCACUGCAGGCUCCUUCGAGAGCCCUGGAUAUGUGGGACCAAAGGAAAAGGGUGUGCACCUACAAGUUGUCAUAAACAACAAUUGGAAAGAAGGCCGCUUCCAGAUAUUAAGGUGCCUCCGGAAGCUGGAUGAGGAGACUCCGCAGAGGCCAGGUCUACCAACCACCCCCAGACUAUCAACACCAUCACAGCCCCUGCCGGCUCCUCCAUCAGCUCCUGUCACACCGAGCACCGCAGGCUCCAUCGAGAGCACCAGAGAUGUGGAGACUCCGCAGAGGCCAGGUCUGCCAACCAGCCCCAGACAAUCAACACCACCACAGCCCCUGCCGGCUCCUCCAUCAGUUCCUGUCCCAUCCAGCACUGCAGGCUCCUUCGAGAGCCCUGGAUAUGUGGGACCAAAGGAAAAGGCUGUGCACCUACAAGUCGUCAUAAACAACAAUUGGAAAGAAGGCCGCUUCCAGAUAUUAAGGUGCCUCCGGAAGCUGGAUGAGGAGACUCCGCAGAGGCCAGGUCUGCCAACCAGCAUCAGACUAUCAACACCACCACAGCCCCUGCCUCCUCCUCCAUCAGCUCUACUCCUACCCAGCACUGCAGGCUCCUUCGAGAGCGCUGGAUAUGUGGAUAAGAACUGGAACAGGGGAAGGCCAGAUAACGCAGGAGGAGGCCCAAUCAGAUGUGCAGCGAGGUUCAAAGCGAGGAGAAGCUGGCCACAGUGAUGCCUUUCAAUAAAGGAUCAGUGUGAGGAGAUGGAUCGGUGCCCUUGAAGACAGUCUUUGUGGGCGUGAAGCCAAAGAGGGAGAAACGGAAUUCGACCCUAUUAUAGCAUUGACCUGAAGCCUACUUAAUUUCUCAAAUGUUCAUGCCUUGGUUUUAUAUACUUGUACAGUAUCUCUCCAUAUAUUAUUAGAUAUAUUUAUUAUUAUAGAUACCAAAGCCUUAACUUGUUCAAACCUAUUGUUUGUUUAUGUCUAUUUCUACUUGUAUUGUAUUCUUACUUCUGUCCGGAAGCUUACUUAAUUUCUCAAGACAUGUUCAUGCCUUGGC